AAGGGGUAUAGUUGAGGAGUUCUGGCAACCUGGCGCACGGUUUCAGCUGCAUCACGCAGGUCUGGUCAUACAUACUCCGGCGUGUUGUAUCUACGUUUGUAUCAGGGAUCGUGAACUGUCAUGGCUGAUGAGGGAUAUGUCGUACGCAUCAGGGGUCUCCCUUGGUCUUGCUCAGUGGAUGAAGUACAGAGGUUUUUCUCAGAUUGCAAAAUCAUCAACAAUGGAGGUGGCAUCCACUUCACUUACACAAGAGAGGGGCGUCCCAGCGGAGAGGCGUUUGUCGAGUUGGAGACGGAAGAAGACCUGAAGAUUGCAGUGAAGAAGGACAGAGAAACUAUGGGUCACAGAUAUGUAGAGGUUUUUAAAUCCAAUAAUGUCGAGAUGGACUGGGUCAUGAAGCACACCGGUCCAAACUGUCCAGAAACAGCAGGAGAUGGGCUCGUCCGACUCCGAGGCCUUCCUUUUGGCUGCAGCAAGGAGGAGAUAGUGCAGUUUUUCUCAGGGUUGGAAAUCGUGCCAAAUGGGAUAACAUUGCCGGUGGACAUCCAGGGGAGGAGUACGGGGGAGGCCUUCGUGCAGUUUGCUUCACAGGAUAUAGCUGAAAAGGCUCUAAAGAAACACAAGGAAAGAAUAGGGCACAGGUACAUUGAGAUCUUCAAGAGUAGCCGCGCUGAGGUGCGGACCCAUUACGAACCCCAGCGGAAGCCCAUGGGCAUGCAGAGACCGGGCCCCUAUGACCGGCCCUCUGGUGGUCGCGGCUACAACAUGAUGGGCCGAGGGGGAUCCUAUGACAGAAUGCGUCGCGGAGGCUACGGAGGAGGUGUAUCAGAUGGACGGUAUGGCGAUGGUGGCUCUUCCUUCCAGAGCACAACAGGCCACUGUGUCCACAUGAGGGGCCUGCCGUACAGAGCCACAGAGACAGACAUCUACAAUUUCUUCUCGCCGUUGAAUCCAGUGCGGGUCCAUAUUGAGAUCGGCCCAGAUGGCAGAGUAACCGGGGAGGCAGAUGUAGAGUUUGCAACACACGAGGAUGCUGUGGCAGCCAUGUCCAAAGACAAAGCUAACAUGCAGCACCGCUACGUGGAGCUGUUCUUAAACUCAACAGCAGGUGGCAGUAACGGAGCCUACGGCAGCCAGAUGAUGGGUGGCAUGGGGAACCAGUCGUCUUACAGCGGAGGCCAGCUGAGCUCAGGGUAUUCAGGUGGAUACAGCAGCCAGGGCAAUAUGGGCGGCUACAGUGACUACAGUAACCAGGGCGGAAUGGGAAGCAGUUACUAUGGCGGUGGCGGCGGAGGAGGAAGCAGAGGCUCUAUGAAUGGACUGGGCGGGGGAUGGGGAAUGUAGUUUUUUUUUGUUUCCCUUUAUUUGAUGUGUUUUUUUAACUCAGCAUUUUGCUGGAAGGACUGGAAAUGCAAGUCUCACCUAGUAAACAUAGGGUAGGGUCAGGUGAGGUUGUUUUGAGAAUAUUGAGGGGUAGGGUUUGUAUUUUUUUUUAAGUGGAUGCUCUUCGAAGAGAAGUGAGAUCAUCUGGUGUCAGAGAGAAACGCUGUUUGUCUUCCCCAUUCUUCACAGGUUUGACACAUCACAGAAACCGUGUCUUAAAUUUUCAUUACCAGGAAGAGUGGCGUUUUUUGAGUUAUCGUUCCCCCCAGGGUUAACUCAUCCCGUGCUGGUGGCGUUAACGUUAGUUUCAAUGUCUGAGUGCAUGAACAAAAGAAAUCAGAAAAUGUUUGGUAUCUUUUGAUGUUUAGACUUUGUUUCACCUUCUACAUAGUGUUUAGCCUUUUUAUUUCCAGUUAAAAUGUCGAUCUGAAUUUGAGACUUCACAUGGUCAGAGCAUGUUUUUUUUUUUUUGUUUUCUUAAGGUGUGACUGACUGUCGUAGGGCAAGUGAAUUUCAAAUCUGCUGACAUGAAGGUUUCUACUGCUUCAAAUGCUAUUUGUAUUUCCUGUGCACAAAGUGAAUAAACUAGUCUGGAAUAUCUAAAUUGAAA